CUGGUUUGCACCAGAGCGGCUACGCAGAGAGACAAUCAGGGGGAGCACGAAGAUGGGGCCAGUUGCCUGCUUCAGCCUCUGCCUUCUCGGCUGCCUGAUCUUUAACCCCUCGCUGGAAGGAAUAGGGGCCACGUCCUGUCUCCCUGAAUGGCUGUUCUACCAAGGCCACUGCUAUGGGUUCUUCCCUGAAAAGGUGUCCUGGUCAGAUGCUGAGGUGCAGUGUCAGUAUCACCGCAAAGGGGCCCAUCUCGCCUCCAUUAUCACUGAGGCAGAAGGGGACACGUUGGCCAGAUACAUCACUGAGUCAGGCUUCAAGGAUCAUGUCUGGAUUGGACUGCACGAUCCCCAGAAGAACAGACGCUGGAGGUGGACAGAUGGCUCCCCGUAUUGCUACAAGGCUUGGAACGCCGGGGAACCAAACAACAAGUACGAGUACUAUUUUAAGAACUGGAAUGAUAAAGACUGUCAGACGAAAAACGGCUACGUUUGCCAGUAUGAACUCUCGCGAGGGGAGUCGCUCGCCUGCGCCUGAAGGGGGAGCUCCGCACCUGGGAUGCAAAAGAACUGGGCUCCUUGGGCAUGAUCAGGCAACAUCCCAGACUUUCCGAUGCUUUUGCUGUAUCAAGGGACAGUCCUCUCCCUCCCUGAGAGGCCAGAUCUCACUUCCCCAGCUGCCAACUCUCUUCCCCCAAGUGUCUCUGGUCUAGUUACACUCCUGCCCCUUCCCUCUCUUCCCCUCAGCGGCAGAAGCCCACCACAAGAAUAAACUCUCCUGAGCAUGCAGUUCUGUGUGUGUCUCCUCUGUCCCAAUCCUGGCCCCUGCGUAGAUUCGUCCAUCCAGCCCCCUCUGACUGUGUCCUGAG